GUUUCGGGAAUGGAAAAUGAGUUUCAGAAGAUAGAGGUGAAGCCCGAUGAAUUUAAUGGGCUCAUCGGCAACAUAGCUGGGAAUUUAAUAAAAGACAAUGCAGGCCAAAUAAUCGGAGGACUGUUUGGUGGUGGAAGCAAAGGUGGUGGCGGCGAUUUUGGCAACAUGAUUGGCGGAUUAAUAGGCGGAAUUGCAGGUGGUGGAAAAAGCAAAGAUAAACGUGAUGGUAAAUCUGGUGGUAUAAAUGAUAUCAUCGGAGGUCUUAUUGGUGGAGGAGGAGAUCGAGGAAAAUAUGCCGGAGGAGCUAAUGUUAACAAUAAGUUUCUUACUGGUGGUGUUUGUGAUUUAAUUGGGAAUCUUAUUGGCGAGGCUGCACAUCGUUUUCUAGGCGUAAAUCCACAUACUGGAAAGAUUAUAGGAGCUAUCGCUGGAAAUGUACUCUUCAACCUUGGAGGGAAGGACAACAAACUUGGAACAAUCGGGAAGAUAAUAUUAGAUAAUAUAAUCUCCGGAAAAUUCCACAGAGAUGUUGACCCUUUUGUGAAGCCAGAACCAGUUCCUACACCUGGGCCACCUAUUCGUCGUAAAGAACCUGUCAAUUUCUAUGACGAGCGCGAUCGCUGUUUGCAGGAGAAGCGUCUCUACGAAGAUCCUGAUUUUCCUGCAAACACGCAAUCUUUAUUUUUCAGUCGGCCACCAACAGAAAGAGUACAAUGGUUACGUCCUGGCGAAAUUGUAAAGGACCCGCAGUUAAUUUGCGAAGGGCACAGUCGAUUUGAUGUAAUUCAAGGAAAACUUGGUGACUGUUGGUUGAUGGCCGCUGCAGCAAAUCUGACACUUAGGGAUGAAUUAUUCUACAGAGUUGUGCCUCCAGAUCAGAGCAUAUUUCAUUUCCAAUUCUGGCAGUAUGGACGUUGGGUGGAUGUUGUAAUCGACGAUCGAUUACCUUGUUCAAUGGAGGGUGAAUUGUUAUACAUGCAUUCACGUGACUUGAACGAAUUCUGGAGCGCGUUACUAGAAAAGGCAUAUGCAAAGUUGCAUGGCUCAUACGAAGCUCUUAAGGGUGGAACAACUAGUGAAGCACUUGAGGAUAUGACAGGGGGGCUUACAGAAUUCUAUGAUCUGCAAGAGCGAACCGAGAAUUUGAUGCAGAUGAUGGUUCGUGGCUUUGAAAUGGGAUCACUUUUUGGAUGUUCUAUCGAAGCAGAUCCUCACGUAUGGGAGGCAAAACUGCCAAAUGGGCUUGUUAAAGGGCACGCAUAUUCAAUCACAGGAAUGCGAAUUGUUUCGACCACUUAUGGUAACGUGCCCUUAUUACGAAUAAGGAAUCCGUGGGGCAAUGAACAAGAAUGGAAUGGACCAUGGUCAGACAAUUUGAAGGAGUGGAAUCAAUUACCUGCAGAUUUAAAGAAAGAUAUGGGCUUAAAUUUUGCUCACGACGGGGAAUUCUGGAUGUCCUUCGAUGACUUUAUACGAAAUUUUGAGAAAUUAGAGAUUUGCAAUCUGGGCCCAGAUGUGAUGGAAGAAAUCUAUGAAAUGACUGGUGUUAAGCCAACAUUAGGAAAUACUUGGGCGACCAAUUCUCAUGAUGGAUCAUGGCGUGCUGGUCAAACAGCUGGCGGUUGUAGAAAUUAUUUGAGAACAUUUGCUAUGAAUCCCCAGUAUCGUAUGAGGCUUUCUGAUUCUGAUCCAAAUGAUAAUGACAACCUAUGCACAGUUGUAAUCGCUGUGAUGCAAAAAUAUCGACGUGAAUUGAAGCAUACGGGAGUUGAAAAUUUGGCUAUAGGUUUUGCCGUUUAUGAAACGAGUGGCACUGCCGGCAAAUUAAGUACUGAAUAUUUUGCUAAUACUAAGUCUUGUGCACGUAGUCCGGCUUUUAUAAAUCUACGAGAGAUUACAGGUCGUUUUCGCAUGCCGCCAGGUGAUUAUGUGAUCGUGCCUUCAACAUAUGAGCCAGGACAAGAGGGAGAUUUUAUGUUGCGAAUCUUGACGAAUGGUUUCAUCGAAUCUAGUGAGAUCUAG